UAUAUAUAUAUAUAUAUAUAUUUUUUUUUUUUUUUUAAUUAUACACACUUCAGCCUCAUCGUCCAUCUGGGGUUUGGAGUAAGAUUAACAUUGAUUUUACCCAUCUGGAUUUUAAAAAAACGUUUUUGAGGAAGAAUGGCAAUGUCGCUGACCAUUUCUUCACAGUACAGGAAUUAAAUAGUUAUAUUUAAUUAAAUUACAUUCAUCAGAGUAAUGGAUGUUUAGACCAAGCUAUGAGAGUUUGCAUGAAUUUGUUUGCAUGGAGCUUAACAUCUCUGAAUAGACUCAUUGACUUUUCUUAGAAAGAGGUGAUCAUUCCAUACCUUAUGUAUUAAAUAUGAAUCUGUAAUUUGAAGAAGUGAUCUUAAACAAAGCUGAGAACAAUCAGAAGAAGAAACAGACAGAAUGCUGAAGACCCUUACUAAAAAACUCAGAAGGCACUCUCUGAAUGAGAUCCACCCUUUUCAAGUAAAGAUUUCCUACCAUGGCAGUGAGGAAGGAGUGGAGAGCGAAGACUCAGAAGGUGAAAACCAAGAGCUGGCACAGAUUGACAGAGAGCGCCGGCGGAACUGCGCCUUGACCCCUCUAGCCAUUAGCCAGCAGCACAACCAGGGCAUUCUUUCUCCCGCCCACUUACGGCGUCUCCGUUUAUUCCUGGACCCAAUCCUGGACCAUCACAGUUCCGAAGAGGAGCUUGAGCGCAUCGCAGGAGCUACGGUGGCAGAAGGGGGCCGAAAGUGGCACAGACAUGGAGACAUGAGCAGUGCCUCUAGUGAUGAGGAGGUGAAGGACCUGUGUGGGCCAAAUGAAUCAUCGGCGGGACCUCGCUUGAGCACCACCUCUCCCAGCCCCGUUCUCUUCAGCUCCUCCCCUCCUCGAGUCCUCAAGCCUUUUCACACCCCAGCCCGCCUUGCUGUGCGGCCCAUUAUUCUCAGCCACUUUGAACAACCUUCCAUGCCUUACUGGAGACACCGGCCCACUUACACAGGAGAAUCUGGUCGCCCCAGCUUGGACCUUGAGAAAAUGCAGCAGAAAAUGCUUCUAAAAAAGAACUGUGGAGGGAAAACAAGGACAAUCAAGAUUCGGAACCUGACUGGUGGCCGUCACACACCCCGCUAUUCCUACGAUCCAUCCAUCUUCGCUUUCCGCCCUCUGAGCAGCGCUCCACCCUGCAGCCCCCUGCUCCCUGCUGAGGAGCCUCCAUGUGCUUGAGGGAAAGGACUGGAAACUCGCAGAGACAAAACAUCACAAAUUUGUGGACCAAAAAUUCCCAACAUUAAAGACAAUGUUUGUUUGCACUGCCUUUUAUUUUGCAGGAUAUAAGUGUGAACAAAGGCCCUGUGAUAAGGCCUGUUGACAAAACAGGAAGUGUGAUCAGGGCCAGAAUGUAGAAGAGGAAUGAGGAGAUGGCCACACUUUGCCUUUAACCGUCUCAUCCUCUUUAUCUCUCAGGAAACCCACUUAGAACUUAUUAUAAAGGCCAUGACCACUGCGCCAUCUUUUAAACAACAACUAAAUGGUUUGGUCUCACUGAUGUGUUUAACGGGAGUGAGCAGAGAUUAGUUAGUGGUUCGUUGAAAACGUCUCAUGAUUGGUCCACAUGGUUAUGUUGAGAUCAUCGGAUUGAGAGUAUAACGUAAAACCACAUUCAGAUUGCUUUUGGUUUAGACCGCAAAAUGUGAUGAGAGACAAUCAGUUUAAUGCCAGAAUGGGCCUUGAUUCAUUUUUGCUAAAAUAGUUUUUCGAUCUAUAAAAAAUGUAAACCGGAAAGCACAGGCCAGAUAGUCCAAGUCAUUGUUCAACUUCAGAUGUUAUGUAAGUCUGACCAUAACAAUCUAUCAGUUAUCAGAGCUGAUUAUCUGAUGUGAAUUCCAAAGUAAUUAAAUCUUAAGUGAAGAACGAGGGAAAAAAAAACACUAGAAAUACUAGAAUCUUUCAGCAUCAUAUACUGUAUUAAACUUGCGCCUUACUAUGUAGCAUACUCAGUGCUGUGUACAUAAAUAUAAUAACUUUUACCAUCAAGAUCUAGUUUAUUAAAUGUUUUGACACUGUUUGAACACACCAAGGAUACAAUCAUUCCUGCAAAAUACACAUUAUAUACUGUGUACUAUUUAAAAAAAAUACAGUAUAAUGUGAUACAUUAUAACUACAACAAUGUUCGGAAAAAAAAUGCUGUUUAUAUAUAUAUAUAUAUAUAUAUAUAUAUAUAUAUAUAUAUAUACAUACAGUAUAUAUAAAAUGUUAGUUUGCAUGGAUUCAUUUCUUAAAAAAAAAAAAAUAGUAAUAAUAAUGGUUUAUUAAUCACACUGGAAAUAGAAGGUCUCCAGAAAAUGUGCAUACUAUUCACGCUACACACAUAACAUACUGCAAAAAUAGUAAGAUGAGUAUGCUAUUAUACUAUUCCAAACAUAGCUGUGUGUUACCCUUAUGAUGUGUAAAAGUUAAGUACAGGACUCAGCAUGUGCAUCUUAAUUGGGGACAGCAGGAAUC